AAUGUCAAUAAAGUAAAUGUGAAUAAAUAUUUCGAAAUGGCUCAAAAUGCUAAUGUCAGCACUAGAUGGCGCGCCCGAGCAACAAGUGAGUCUCCUCAAUGGGCCUCUUUCAGCGCAUGCGCAGCGCCGUUCUUUGUUGUCACGGUCCAAAUUUAUCCCGGAAUAAGGACAGCACGCAUGUGCCGUGAACCCGGAUGUAUCAGGACUUGUUUGAAUAAAGAACAAAAGCAUCGAGCUGAAAAUGCAUCAAGACUGUUUUAGAAAGUAAAGGAAUCUGGUUCCGGUCUGGGUAAAGUAGGUUACCAGUUCUCGUUUUAGAUGAUUGAUUACAGUAGCACACGUUGGAGUUUUAAUAAUUUAAUGCAUCUGCUUUUAGUCACGUUAACGCGGUGCUGUACCAAUGCGUGAACAUAUUUGCAGCAACCUAUAAAUAUAACACUGUAGCUUUAUUUAUAGUGCUGCGAUGCAUUUGAUUCACGUGUACGGUAAAAAGUACGAACGCGGCAGCAACUGGUCCGAACCAGAGGUACUGGAGCUGCUGCAGAUCUGGUCGGACGUGCCGGUCCAAACCGAGCUGGUAACCUGUCUCAGAAACCAGCAUGUGUUCAACAGAAUCGCCAGCACUCUGCGGCAGAAGGGCAUCAACCGGACCGGGGACCAAUGCAGGGAGAAGAUCAAAAAGUUGAAGCUUGAGUACAAACAGAAGACUUUGAGAUCCGCGAGGUAUUACGAGCUGAUGGAGAGGGCUCAGAGUAACCGAUCAGCCGCAACCUCGGGUUCUACCCUGCCUUUGUGGAGCGGUUCGGUCGCGAACCAGGUGAUCGGACUGCAGGGGUCAGAGACUAACCCGCCCCGGGCAGGUGACAUCCUGGAGAUCAAGACGGAGGUGAUGAGCUCGGAUGAUGAAGCGGCGGGCCCUCCCGAGAUGCUCUACGAGUUCGGACCUGUUGAUGAGGAGGAUGAAGCCGGUGCUGAACACAAAAACGCCGGUCCAAACACAGACGAACACGCUGAGAUGGACGGAGAGCAGGGAAACACGCACGUCAUCUGUUCCCCUUCAGAUUGCAGUGACCAGAACAUGACUGGCUCCUCCGGUGCAGGUGUAUCCCCGGCAACUGCUCCCAUGGCGAUGAGAGACGGAGGUAGCCAUGGUGAUCAGGAAAAGGUUUCCGGAUCGUUCCAUCAGAGGAAACGUCGGCGGGUGGUUCGCGGGGGAGAUGGGGAGUUAUCGAGCGCUCUGGCUGGGUAUCUAAGCUGGCAACAGACAGCAGAAGAGCGCUUCCUCGCUCUGGAGGAGGCCCGGAUGCGGCAGGAGGCACGGGCUGAGGAACGGAGGGAGCAGCAAGAGGAGAGACGAGCGAAGCAAGAGAGAGAACAUGAGUUUCGUCUUAUGUCCAUGUUGACCAGGGUCCUGAGCUCGGCACGUGGGACGGAAGACCAGAGCGCCACCACCAGCAGGGAAAUGCCCCCUGUGCCCAGCUCCUCACAAACCUUGAUACCCAACAGUGCCAAAGCUGUACCCAACAUGCUUUGGGGUGAUCGAACACCCCAGCACAGCCCGUACCUGUCUCGCCGUGGAAACAGCAUGCUGCUGCACCAGGGAAUCCUGCAGGAAGGCUACAACCAGUAUCAGGCCAACAAACACGACGAGAAUUCAAACCCUCAUGGCAUUAUAAACUUGGGAACCAGUGAAAACAAGCUAUGCUUUGACCUCCUACAGAAAAGGCUGAUGCGACCUGACAUGCUUCACAUUGACCCUGCUUUCUUACAAUACCACGAUUGGAAAGGCCACAGUUUCCUUCGAGAGGAAGUUGCUAAGUUCAUGUCAGACUAUUGCCAUUCUCCCAAACCUCUAAAACCAGAGAAUGUUGUUGUUAUGAACGGUUGUGGGUCUCUGUUCUCGGCUUUGGCAGCAACGCUGUGUGACCCAGAAGAUGCCAUUCUCAUCCCGUCGCCCUUCUAUGGUGUUAUAAAGGAGGACGUAGGCUUGUACAGCGGUGUCAUACUACACCAUGUGCCACUUUAUAAUCAGCUCACAGGAAGUGAUGUCAGACCUUUCCAGCUAACUGUUGAGAAACUGGAGAACUCCCUUAAAGAUGCCAAAAAAGAGGGAUUGAACAUCAAAGCCCUUAUCCUGUUAAACCCCCAGAAUCCACUUGGAGAAAUGUACUCGUCUGAGGAGAUGACCAGCUUUCUACAAUUUGCCAAAACGCACCAGCUUCAUGUGAUCAUAGAUGAAAUUUACAUGCUCUCUGUGUUCAGCGAGACAGACAAUUUUCACAGUGUUCUCAGCUUGGAUGGGUUGCCAGAUCCCCAGAGAACCCAUGUUAUGUGGGGCGUCAGUAAGGACUUUGCAAUGGCAGGGAUGCGAGUUGGCGUGGUCCACUCGGAGAACAAAGAUUUGGUACAGGCCCUGGAUCAGCUAGGCGCCUUCCACGGAGUCCCGGGACUCACACAAUACCAGAUGGCCCAGCUUUUCCGAGAUAGAGACUGGCUGAAUAGUGAGUUCCUCCCGGAGAACAGACGCAGGCUAAGAGAGGCUCACAUCUUCCUGACGGAAGAGCUGAAGAAACUGGACAUACCUUUCCUGAACAGGGGCGCGGGAUUCUUCAUCUGGGCAGACUUGAGUAAGUAUCUGAAGGAGAAGACGUUUGCUGAGGAGCUGUCUGUGUGGAGGUGUUUCCUCAAGCACAGGGUUCUGCUGAGCUGCGGUCAGGCCUUCAGCUGUGGGUCUCCAGGCUGGUUCAGAAUCAUCUUCACUGAUCAACGGCACAAACUACAGCUAGGUGUGCAGAGGAUUAAAAACGCAUUAGAAGAGCUUCAGAACGGGUCUUCGAUGCUUGAAACACAGCGGACGACAGACAAACGGGAUGACGGCAGCGGGACAGCGAGGAGGGAAGACGCCAAGACAAUAGAUGAGUGCAAAGACCAAACAGUCAAGUCCUCAAGCGUUCAAACCAAACUUGACACUGUGCACAUUAAGGCAGAGCCCGUCUCAUUGGCUGAUGAGAGCUCUGUGAUUCUAAAUGGCCAAUCCGACAUCCGCUCGGAGAGUCUGGACUCUCUGAUUGGUACUCUGCGGCAGCAGAUCCGCUCGUCUGAUUGGCUGGAGAAGCACAAGCCUGAGCUAGCUGCCGGAAAGGACCCAAUGCAAUUGGAUGUUUUCACAGACCUACUAAAAAAAGCCAGGAAAUAGUGACAGUUGGUAGAAACAAGUUACAAAUACUUUUUUAAUGAAUGAUAUGUUUACCUUAUGUACAGUUUAAAGACAAAGUCUGUUAUUGCAGAAGCAACCACUGCGAACCCUGUAAUUGCAGAUUGAAACAGAAUUGUGGAGAGUCACCGCAGCAGUAUAGGAGUGUGUUGUUAUUUUGGAGGUGUUUUUAUAUUUUAAUUAUUACCUUGGCCGUCACUGUAAUUGGAGACUGGCCCUGUGAUUGUGCUCAUAUCAAAUUCUAAGUAUCCAAUCUGUUGUUUUUAAAUUGAUUUAAAGGGGUCUUAUAAUAGGAACCAAUUUAAUUUUUAAAAAAAAUGUAAAUAUAUUGUAAUUGUCAGAACCUAAAACUUGCUUCUCAGUGCUAUUCACUGCAAAAACAAUCCCAUUAUUAAUAUUCAUCUUAAUUCCUCUUAAAACAAGAGGAAUUUAAUUAAAGGGAUAGUUCACCCCAAAAAAUUAUGUUUUCAUCGCUUACUCACCCUCAAGUUGUUCCAAACCUGUAUGAGUUUUUUUUCUGUUGAACACAAAAGAAGAUAUUUUUAAAGAAUGGCAGUAACCAGAGAGUUGAUGGUCCCCAUUGGCUUUCAUAAUAUAUAUAUUUUUUUACUUCAUACUAUGAAAGUCAAUGGCUACUGUCACCUGUUUGGUUACUGAUAUUCUUUAAAAUAUCUUCUUUUGGUAUUUAAUCACGUUUUGAACAAAAGUAAAUGUCACAAUUUCAAUUUUUGGGUGAUCUAUCCUUUUAAGCAUCACUGAAUAUAUCAUUAAUACAAGUGAAACUACAUUUGAUAGUGCAGCAAGACAAAAGUCUAUUCAAGAUACAAUCAAAAUCAAGUCUUAUUUUAUUCUAUUGCUUUUAAAGUAAAUGUAUCCUGUUAAGAUCCCAACAUUUGAAACGAGAGACAGAUAUUUAUUUUUACAAGACCCCUGAACUUUUCAGUAAAAUUUACAAUUUGAGCUGUAAAAAAAAAAAAAAUCUGUUGCUGGUUUGCGAAGAUUCUUUUAUUAAAUUAAUUACUUUUAUUAACUAAAUGGUGAAAACUGGCCUAAUUAAGUAUCACAGAGAGUGCAAAAUGUACACAAAAGAAAGAUGAAAUGUUAGUAACAUUAUAAAGUGAACCUCAGGUGGAAUGAAAAUGUAUAUUAUGACCCCUCUAAAUUGAUUUAAAUAUUUUUUGAUUUUGUUGGGGAGGGGGAGCUUUUUAAUUGACUACUCUCUCAGUUUUGGGAUAAAAGUUCACGUUUGAAAUAUUUCUUUGCUUUCCAACACUUAUCUUGUUACAUAAAUGCCUUGUUUUUGACACCAAGGUUGUUUUUCAGUUUCAAAGGAAAACAUCGUUGGAGGCUGUUGGUUUGAGAUCUUCAUUGGUGUUAAAUGUUUUAAGGGCUUCUGACUGAACGAAUGCAUCAAUCGUCAAUUAAAUUGUUUUAUGUUAAAUUAUA